GUGGCGUUGGCAGUAGUGCAGUACAGUACACCUGUUGCACUUCUCAGGCUCUCUCUUCCUCCGUCCCUCUCUCCCUCUCUCUUUCUCCCUGGCUGGACAGAGAGCACGGGGGGGAGAAGAAGAGGGCUUCUUGGUCAAAAUGGAUCCCAACAAGGAGGCCAACAACGGCAGUGAGAAAGAGAAGGAAAAAGAGAAAGUGGUCAAGAGGAGAACCAGGCCUAACUUCCUGCGCUACAUGCACUUGGAGAGGAGGAAGACGGACACCAUCGUGGUGGCCAACGAUGACACCGCCGACAUUAAAGGUGACAUCAACCUUGGGACCCUGGUGCGGAGGAGUCAGUCGGACAAAACGGAGUACAGUGCCAAACUUAAAGAGAAAAUGGCGCCCCUGUCCCCCCUGUCGUCGAUCCUGGCCUCCCCGGCCCUCGACCCCGCGGAGGUCCGCCUGAGGAAGAUGAGCCGCAGGUCAAAGGUCAUCCAGGAGCUGGUGCAGACGGAGAGGGACUUCCUCACUGACCUGGAGCUCUGCAUCAGAGAGGUGGUCAAGCCCCUCAGAGACAGACAGGUGGUGGACGUGGAUCGUCUGUUUACUAACAUGGAGACAGUGUGUGAGGUGUCGGCCGCGCUGCUCCACCGGCUGCAGGAGGCCACAGCUGAGCCAGACCCUGAGGCACUAGUCAUAGGGGAAGUGUUCAUUCAGGCCAAAGCAGCGCUGGAGGACGUCUAUAAAAUCUACUGCUAUCACCACGACGAUGCAAACUCUUUACUCAAGUCCUAUGAGAAAGAGGAAGGAAUAAAGCAACAUUUCAUCACCUGUGUGUUAUCUCUGAAGCGGAUAUACGACCAAGAGGGGAAACCCAACCUGCUGGACAUGGGUUCUCUGCUCAUCAAGCCGGUCCAGCGGGUCAUGAAGUACCCUCUGCUGCUCGGGGAGCUGUGGCAGGCCACGCCCAGCGACCACCCUGACAACAGGCCCCUCCAGGAGGCUCUGACCGCCGCCAAGAUCGUCAACGUCAACAUCAACGAGUUCAAGAGGAGGAAGGACAUCGUGAUGAAGUACAAGAGGACCGAGGAGGAUGGGGGGACACUCAUGGGUAAACUGAACAAGUUCAGCAUCCACUCUAUCAGGAAGAAGUCUGACAGGCUCACAGGAUACCUCAAGAUCCUCACAGGUGUGGAGCCACAGGUGAGAGAUGAGGUGUUCGACAAGGAGGAGAAGCUGUUCAGGAGUCUGGAGAAAGCAGUGAGACAACUAGUCAAGAACGUCCACUGUUACCUGAUACACAUACAGGAGAUGGUAGGUGUCACGGUCCAGAAUGCUGCAGACCUGGAGGACAUCAUGAAGGAUCCAGACAAAAUAGACACAAACGGUACUCAGCACCUGAAGAACGGCAACAACCCAUACAAGCACUUUAAAGAGAGGAUGACACAUCUGGUCCUGGCACCCCUCUCCUCUCUCCAAGGCAUGUUCGCUGCCCCGCAGAAACUCAUCCAGAAACGCUACGACAAACUAUUGGACUACUGCAGCCGCCUGGAGCGCUCUCCCUCCUCCUCCACGUCUUCUGCCUCUUCUUCUUCCUCCUCUCCAUCACCUGUAUCCGAGGACCAGGGCCAGGUUGCGGCGCGGCGGGACUACGCAGCCCUCAAUGCUCAGCUGGUGGAGGAGCUGCAGAGAUUCAACAUGGCCGCCCAUACUAUUUUGUCCAACUGUGUCCUCUGCCUGGUGACCCUGCUGAAAGGCCUGAUGGACACGGCCUGCAACCACGCACCCUCCAUACAGCAACUACCGGCUCCUUUGUCCAACAUCAGUGAAGUCCAAAGCAGCAUCAUGGAAGAGCUCAACAACCUGACUGUCGUCAAGGACAACGCACAGACUCUAAUAGAACGCAAAGUCAGCUUCGAGAAAACAAAGAAAAUUUUAGCUGUCCCAGAGAUCCAGCGUCAGACAGAGGGCAACAGGGCCAGACUGCUGGACGAGUAUCCAGCUGACAGGCUGUUCCAGCUGAAGAGGAACUGUAAUGGGUGUCAGGAGCAGGAUGUCAGCCUGCUGGAGGGGGAGCUGGUGGGCCUGCUGGAGGACACAGAUCCCCUGGGGAGCCGGGGCCGCUGGCUGGUUGACACGGGCAGUACCCAGGGUUACGUGUACUCAUCCUUCCUGAAGCAGUACAACCCCAACAGGGAUCAGGGUCGACCAGGUCAGGGUACGGGUACGGGGAUCACAGAGCCCCAGCAGCCCAUCGUGGUGCUGGACGAGGACUUUGACAACCUCAGCCUGUUUGUGUCGGGCAGUGGGAGGAACAACAGCAUACGGAGCAGGAGCAGCAUACCUAACUUCAGCCUCUACAACACCUCCAGUACCUCGCUUGACAGAUGCUCCACCCCGUCCAGCCUACAGGGCGACACAGAGCCAGACAUCCACCAGGAUGUGGACACAGAGCCAGACAACCAGCAGUUUUAUGCGGUGUACGGGUUCCAGGCACGCUGCGACCAGGAGCUGACCAUGCAGGAGAACCAGCAUGUGAGAAUCCUCAAGUUCAGCGACCUGGGAGGCAACAAGGACUGGUGGUUGGCCGAGGCCAACGGACAGAAGGGCUACGUCCCAGCCAACUACCUCGGCAAAAUGUCAUACGCAUAAAGGAAUAGAUUGGGAUUAAGGAGGCCCAAUCCCAAAUGGACUCCUAGCCUCUACAGGCAGGUUUCCCAGACACAGAUUUAGCCUAGUCUUGGACUAAAAUGCAAUUUUAAUAGAAACUCCCAAGGACUAGGCCAAAUCUCUGUACAGGAAACCGGCCCCUAUGGCCUUGUGGAGAUUUGAGAACAUUUGAUAGUUGUACCGUAGCAACAUGGUGGAAAUUCCGGCUAGCAUAUCAGGACAAGGUAGAUUUAUUACCAUAUCCUCUCAAAUUUCCACAGGCAUAGGGUCGAUUUGGGAUAGGAUUUUACUGUAAUCUGUCUAUAAAAAAAAAAAUGUAUUGACCAAUGUAAUUAUCAAAAGAUCAUGACUGUUAAGAUAAUUGCAUAUAUGCGUUUUGCACAAAGAAUGGAGCUAUCAUUGUGCUGAGCACUUAGUAUUGCCACCUGCAGUGUUGAUGAAUUUAUAUUGUGAAUUUGUGUCGUCCCAAUGAAAAUAAUGAUUUAUUCUAAUAUCUAAUAUAUGUCAAGCAAAUGUAUUUUGAAAGAGAUCAUGUAUUUUAGAGUUAUACAAUUCCUCCGUGUGUAUAUUUUAGAUCCCUCAUCAGUGAUGAAUAAAGAGUCUUUAUCAGUG